CAACUGUUUGUUCUAGAAGGAGAUAAAGUUACAUUGCAAUGUACAGUACAAAGCAAUCCAGAACCCGAAGUGGAUAUUAUCACUGGAGAUAUCUCGACAACAUCUCAUGAGUUCUCUCCUAUAGGAAAACAUGUUUGGAAGUCAACUGUAGAAAUAACAAAUUUGAAGUGUGGCGAAUCUAAAAACUUCAAAUGUCUUGCCAAAAACAGUUUUUAUGGAAAAAUAAAAAAAAGUCAAAUAGUGGUCACAGUAAGGUGUAAGUAAAUAUAAAUAAGUAUAUUAAGAGUGGAUUGAUAGCAGUUACAGCAACUUGGCUAUGUUAAAUCUGGAGUGUAAACUAAAAACUCUACUAUAACUUUUAACUAUGUUCUGUAAAUAAAAAUAAUAAAAAUAAUAAAUUACAAAAGAAAAAAAAGUAAUAAUAGUAAAAGAUCCACAAACUAUGUCUUUUUCAUUUCACAAAGGAGUAAAUCAGUUCUAAAUAUUUACUAAUUUUUAUUAAUUUUAUUUUAAAUGAAACAUCUAUUAAAUUAUUUUGAGUAUUUUGUUAAAUAAACAUUACUUUUUAAUACAAAGGUAACUUUUACACUCUUAAAAAGUUAUGAUCCUUUAUUUUGAUACAUUUUGAUGAUUUUAGAAUGUAUGACAAAACUAUAUAAUUUAUAACAUACACAAUUUUUUUUUAAAUGUUAGGUCCUUUACAAUUCCUAAAUUACUCUACUGUUGAGAAAAUUAAAGUGGAAGUUAACACUACCGUAGUUAUCCAGCACGCCAUUGUUGGCUACCCCAGCCCCAAUGACUUUCAGCUUUACACCACGGGAGAUCACAAUAUAUCUGUGGACAAAAGCACUUACAAUGUAGAGUUCAAGAAUGAGAGUGUUUCCUACGGUACCUUGACCCUAACACUACCGAACGUUCAGAACGAGAACUGGACACCGUACAACUUAGUUAUUAAGAACGGUGUCAAAGAUGAUCUAACCUUAAUUUUCAUUUUGUAUGGAGGUAUGAUAUUUUAAAACGCAUAUACUUAAUAAUAUUUACCCUAGUAUGAUUGUGUUCAAUUCAAAAUAAACAUUUAGUGCUCACAUUUAAUCUAUAUUUACACAUAUUAUAUGCAAAUAUAUGUACAUUGAAGUGUUUGUAAAUAUACUAUACAUAUAUAUAUUUGGUUCUCACAUUUAAUAUAUAUUUAAUUCAUCAUUUUUUUUAUCAAAUCUUAAAGGUGUCUGGACUUUUUUUUUACUAUUUAUAUACGUGUAAUUCUAAUUCAGAAAUAAUGAAAAAAAAAUGUUCCUUUUCAAGCCCAAAAUGAAAACAGUGAUGCAAUGCUUGCCCAGAGCAUUGGAGGAGGUAUUGGCGCCUUUUGUGUUGUCGUGCUUAGCGCAUUUUGUGAGUAUCUAUAAUACAGCUCUUUACAUUUCAUUAUUAAAAUACAAUUCAAGAAGUGCAGUAUUUUUUAAAUAAUAACUUUCAAUAUUGCUAAAAAAAAAUACUCGCUCUAAGAAAUAUUUGAAAUCUUCUUAUUUGUAAAAAAAAAUUUUUUUUAAACAUUUAACCAUCUUCAUCACAGACACCGAAAACCUCGAUUAAGACAAAUUCUUUCCCGCAAAUUUAGAUCGAAAGAUGUAAACAUUAAUUUUGACCCACAAUCUGUCAGAAUUUUUAAUGGGGCUCAAACUGCUUACAUAAAACUUAAAUAUUGACUCUGAAACUCAACUUCAAAAAUGAAGUGAAGUUUUAUGGACGCCUAAACUGAGAAGUGAGAAAUUCUUUUGAUUUCUUGUUUGCAAAUUGUUAAAGUUUAAAAAAAAAAAAACAUUUCUUGGUAAAAAUGCGUUCUAAAAACGAAUAAAACAAUGCAAUAAACUUAAGUUCAACUUAUUUAGAACAAUAACACAAAUCUUACUUUUAACUGUAAGUCUCAAAAAUAAAGUAGAUACAAUUUUAAAUUAUGUAAAGACUGCUUAUGAUGAACUAUAAAAACCAUUAACAUUAGAGUGCAGUUUUUUAAAGAAUGCAAAUUCAAAUACAUGGGAUAUAUAUUAAAUGAAAAGAACGGUUUACUAAAGAAAGAAUAUCGGCCGGAAAGAUGGCUUACUGCAGUAGUCAGAAGAUACUCAUAGACUAACGACGAAUUAAUGUAUUUAUUAAUCUGUAAUCAGAUCAGUUGUGGUAUACGAAAAUGAAACUUGAACCCUAACAAAAUUGGCAUGGCAUAAAAGCUAUUUAACACAUGGGAGUAGUAGAGCAUCUCACUAUUUGAAGGCGGUCCAUCGAGGGGCAUCACGCGUGUCCAGAAAGGCUACAGGAAUUCUUCUAUCGUUUGCAGCAUGCUGGAAGCACUAGGCUAGACACAAUUGAAGGAAAGACGACGACUAUCUAGGCUCUCCAUGAUGUACCACAUAAAUAAUGGGUGGUCCUCUGCUCUUUCAUUAAGCAGAAAAUCCUCCCUCUCCUCGAUAGACAGCGAAGAGGCCAUGAAAGGCAACUCAUACCAGCAAGAAGCCAGUACAAGAACUGCUCAUUCCUGCCAAAGACAAUGAGGCACUGGGACAAACUUCAAAAAGGACAUUUGAGGCGAAAAAAUGUGCAUCUAAUGGCAUAUAAACAUUUCAAAUCCCCUCUGCACGCUUUAGUGCAGAAAUGAUCAAUAAACUCAUCGCAUGCCCUUAAUAUAUAGAAGAAGAAGAAGGGUCCUACACUGAUAGCAGAAAUAAGAAAGGUGAGGUUUAACUAGGCCAGACACUUAGAAAGAUUCGCAAAUAACAGAGGAGUGAAAGGGUUUCAAAACCAAAAGCCAAGAGAAAAAACGGCUCAAAGGCGGACCUAGCCUAAGAUGUUUGGAUGGUGUGGAGAACAAUAUAUAUGAGCUGGUAAUCAAAUCAUGGAACACAUAAGCAUUGAGAAGGUCUGUGUGGAAUGACGGUAUGAGUCAUUUUAAAGAGUUACAUGUAGCGCGAUAGAGAUGAAUUAUGAUAAUUGUUUGGAGAUUUAUACAUCAUUCCAUUCUUUUCCAUUUUGUUUGGCUCCAUUGAAAUAUCCUAAUAUAAUUCAAUCAGUUUUUGUGAAAUGUAAUGUUUUCUUUUCUUAUACAAACUCAUUUACGUAUUUAUGUAAAUUGAUUUGUUUUAGACAUUUACAAGAAGUACAAGAACAAAAAGUAAGUAAAAUUUGUUUCACAAUGUAUCAAUCAUUUUAUUGUGACUAUAUUUUCUUUUAAAAGCACAUUGAUCGGUCCAUCCACCCAUCCACACUUCUUGUUCUAUUGCAUUAUCAUAUUGAUUUUUUUUUCUUUUCUUUUUUGCUCUCCUAUUUUUUAGGUCAAUCGAUAAGAAAGGUAGAAUAUUUCAAUUUUUAAAUUCUAGAGACGCUUGAUUUCAAACACUUAUAAACAAUUCUCUGCACACAAAUCACGCAAAUAAUUAUAAUUAUUCCAUUAUUUCUAAAUAUGAUAAAUUUCAUAUAUAUAUAUAUCUAAUUCAUAAUUUAUGUAUGAUAUUUUUCAAAAACUAUUAUUAUUUGUGAAUGCAUUUCUAUCAAGAAACUAGUGAGUACCCAGCAUAAAUUGCAAUGCCCACUCAAGGAGAGAAAGUAUUAGUUUUUUUAAUUAUGUUUUUAUAAGUAUUUUGUGUAUUGAAUUUUUUACUUUUGUUGUGCUUACACGAACAAAUAAGAAUUUUAAUAAAGCACGAGCAAGCCCAUACAGCUGUCUAAAUAAGAAGCAUCGAUUUUCAAACAUUUAAUCCACACACUUGCAGCGAUUCAUCCGCCCAUGCAAUAUUUUGAAAUCCCCCCCCCCCCCCCCGUCUUAUGUCCUUGCAGUUUGCACAAGUUUUCCAUAGUGAAUUACGGACUGCCUUACAUUUAGAGUUAUACAGGCGUGUCUUGAAGAAUUUUUUUUUUUUAAAGUAUUUGGAAACCACGGCCUUAAACGGAAUGUCGUAAAAUGAUUGAAAUAAUGCCGAAUUUUAAAAAAAAAAUAAAAAAACUUAUGUCACAGACAAACUGAAAUGUCGCUGUUCAUAUUUGAUAUAAUUAAAGUCCCACAAUGCAGUGGCACUAUUUGAAAUUAUGAUUAUAGAGGCAUGACCGAACAUAGACUUAAUAAGGCCCUAACCCAUUUGAUAUAUGGCACCCUUAUAUAUAGUCCAGAUAUUGUAUGUCAGUGCCAAAUAAGAGAUUCGGAUACCUAGAGGGUUUAACUGAAACACAAAUAAGAAGUAUAUAGAUAGUAUAUAGAUAGUGUAAUAAUAAAUCUUUCACUUAAGAGUAUGUUUAUCCAUAACAAACUUAAAAAUACAAACUCUGGUAAAAAGAAACAAAAGUGCGUUUAAAAGGCAAAAUUUGCAAAGGCUUGUUUAUGUAAUAUAUGAUCAUAAAUUAUAAUUAAUAUAAUAUAGCUUUCUUUGUAAUUUUUUUUCUCUAGAUAACCAACCUCCCUCCUAUGAAGAGAGUCAAAGUAAACUCAAAGGGAAUCAGAACCCAGAGUCAAAUGUCUAAUACGAUGAGAAAUUCAGGGCUAAAAGGAAACACCAUGCCACGGAAACAAUAACAUACUUUUAGAUUUAUCAAAUAUACAAAUGUCCGUGUGUUUGUGUGUGAACUUAUUCUAUUCGGUUUUCAAGGAGUAAAAUGCGAUUAAAAAAACAACGGAAAAAAAUUGCCCCGUCUUUGCAAGCCUAUACAAUAUGAUGAAAAUCAAAUAUAACACCACGUUCAACAAGACUGUGUUGAUGAAUUUAAACAAUUAGAACUUUUAUUAAUAAUGGCUAAAAAAAUAUAGAAUAAAAUGCUUGCAUAUCAUCUAUUAUAUUUUAUACUUAAAAGUUCAACACAGGUACCUGACAAGCC